AUGAGCAGCAACUCAUCCUCAGCCUCAGCCCUGCAGUUCUGCUACGAAAACGUGACCGGGUCCUGCGUGAAAACUCCCUACUCGCCUGGACCCCGCGUGAUCCUCUACGUGGUGUUUGGCAUUGGGGCGGUGCUGGCUGUGUUUGGAAAUCUCCUGGUCGUGACUUCCAUCCUCCAUUUCCGGCAGCUGCAUUCUCCCACCAAUUUCCUCAUCGCCUCUCUGGCCUGUGCUGACUUCUGCGUGGGAGUGGCUGUGAUGCCCUUUAGCAUGGUCAGGUCUGUGGAGAGCUGCUGGUACUUCGGGAGAAGUUUCUGCACAUUCCACACGUGCUGUGACGUGGCGUUUUGCUACUCCUCUCUCUUCCACCUGUGCUUCAUCUCCAUCGACAGGUACAUCGCCGUGACGGACCCUCUGAUCUAUCCCACCAAGUUCACGGUGUCCGUGUCAGGGGUUUGCAUUGGCAUCUCCUGGGUGCUGCCUCUGCUGUACAGUGGCGCCGUGUUCUACACGGGUGUCUAUGACGAUGGGCUGGAGGAAUUAUCCAAUGCCCUCAACUGUGUGGGAGGUUGUCAGGUGGUUGUCAAUCAAAACUGGGUGUUGAUCGAUUUUCUGUCCUUCUUUAUACCCACUCUUAUUAUGAUAAUUCUGUACAGUAAUAUUUUUCUCGUGGCAAGACAGCAAGCUAAGAAGAUUGAGAACACUGGUGGCAAUGUGCAGUCCUCCUCGGAGAGUUACAAAGCCAGAGUGGCCAAGAGAGAGCGAAAAGCUGCCAAAACUCUGGGGGUUACUGUGAUAGCUUUUAUGAUCUCCUGGUUACCUUAUAGUAUCGAUUCGCUGGUUGAUGCUUUCAUGGGAUUUAUUACCCCUGCCUACAUUUAUGAGAUUUGUGUGUGGUGUGCUUAUUAUAACUCAGCCAUGAAUCCUUUGAUUUAUGCUUUAUUUUACCCAUGGUUUAAGAAAGCUAUUAAAGUUAUCCUCAGUGGUCACGUUUUCAAGAACAGUUCAGCAACCAUGAAUUUGUUCUCUGAACAACUGUAA